AUGGACUCAAUGGACGAUCGCGUGGAUUGUGACAACUCGUCGGCCGCUCCGGAUGUGUCGCAGACGGACGAGACAAUCGGCGAAGAAUGCAAUGAAUGCGUGGAUUAUAUGAUGGAUUUGGUGUCGCUGUCCAUGAGCUCCGAUGACAUGUCACGCGACCACUCAAUCCGUGCCAAGAAAUCCAAUUACUGUCUGAUCGAUGAGUUUGACGACGAGGUGACCGCAGAAGUGAAGGAUUUGAUGGAUUAUGUCUUGGAUUUGGUGUCGUCUGCCGUCCCGUCCAACGCCUCCAAAGCGGCGACCAAUGGAUCAAUUGUGGACUUCAUUGACGACGACAUUCAGAUAAUACAAGUGGAAAAGGAGGAGAAGAACAUAGAAGUGAUUGACUUGACUGACAGUCAAUACGAGUCUCAGGAGACUAUAUGUUUGGUUUGCGGACAAAACAAAGAAAUCAAGUUUAAGGUGAAAAUCAAUGAUAAGAUAGAGAACUGUUGUUCACUGGAAUGUGUGGCCACUUUGCGGACACUCGACAGCUGUUCCUCGUGUAUGGCUAUCAUCAGUAUUGGAGAGCAGGGCUUCAGUUCUAACUUCGGAGCGAAUGCCACACUUUGUAGCCAACAAUGUCUUCAGAAGAGUGACAUCCAGAGAGAGCCCAACACUAAUUGCUUCACUUGUCGUAAAGUUUUGACCAAAGAUAAAGUGAUCUAUUAUUGGCAGACAAUGGAGUUCUGUUCGUCAGCGUGUGUUCAGUCCCGACAACUGGUGUUUGGCUCGAAGUGCGCUCAAUGCCAGACAUUAGUCAACCGGCAGUCAUUGGGCAAGUAUUCGGUCCGUUUCGGCGAUACCAUCAAACAGUUCUGUGUCGGCACAUGUCUGGAGACGUACAAGAAGUCACUGAAAGUGUGUGCCUUUUGCCAGAAAGACCUGAAAUGUUGUGUCACGAUAUGUAUCGCAUCGUUUGGCUUCGGAGAGAAGAUGCGUUUACGAGAGUUUUGCGAUCAGAUCUGCAAAUCUCAGUACGAAUUGAUGCUUAACUCGCGGGGCAGUAGUCAAGUGGCCUGCGGUCAGUGCCGGCGCACAGCAGACACUAAAAACAUAAUUGAAUUCAAGUAUAAGAAUAAGAAGUAUUCGUUGUGUUCGUCCACUUGUGUGGCGGCCUUUAAAUACGGCGAGAAAUUAAAGGCCAUAUUCUGCGAGAACUGCCACAACUACGGCUGGGCCAACACACUCAGCAAAGCCGUCCUUCACGUCCUCCACUUCUCGGGAACCACUCGUGUCUUUUGCACGAAGAAAUGUAUGUCAAUGUAUGUCCUGAAGAAUCGCAAAAUCGUUGCCUGUCUUUGCUGUAAAGUGAAGAAAUACAACUUCGAUCUCAUCGAACGCUACGAUUGGUCACAAACCGAUUCCCGUCUCUUCUGUUCAUUGAAUUGUUUGACACUCUUUGAUGUGGCGGAAGAGGAAAAGGCGAAACUCGUGUCGUUCGGCAACACAAAGCUAUUGUGCAAACAAUGCAAUGCCUGCACAACACCGCAAUUCUUCCUCCGAGAGGCGGCUUUUGUUCGCAAUUUCUGCUCCUAUCAGUGUGUCUUCAACUAUCAACGCCAUCAUAUGCCACAGUCUCUCCUGCCUAUCGCCGACAACGGCGUCGACGACACCGAUCCCACACUAUUGUCGAGCACAAUGUGGACGCCAUCCUUCUAUGGCCAACAGAAACCGUCGUCUAAUGUGAGUUCACAACAAAUGAGACCCAAUAUAUUGCUUCAAAAACGAGCCGCAAAUAGCAUUCCAUUGGCCAACAAAAACAUGUCAUCAAAUGUAUCGGAUGUGACCAAUAAUAUGGCUGAGAAUAAUACAGACAUGUCUACAGAAAUGACAGAUGCGGUGACCACUCAAACAAACGGCACCACAACUGGGACUCAGAUAUUGAUUAAAGAAAUAAUAAAAGAGACCAAAGAAGUGAUUGUAAAGGUUCCCGAAGCCAAAGUGGUGCGAAACAAAUGCACUCAAUUCAGACCUCAUUAUCAAACGAAAGCCACUUCUUGUAAGCCUUUUCAAGCGGAUCAACAAACACAGACGGAUCCGCUCCCGAAGACUAUUUGUCCGCUUUUACUGCCGAUUCCAAUAUUUGUCCCAGUUCCAAUAUCAUAUAUGCAGCCAUUGGCUGUUCCGCUUCCCCUUCCCAUUCCGUUCUUUCUAAAGCCAGACCCACCGCCGCCGCCACAACUAGCGCUUCCACCUCUGGUUGAAGAGCUGCACAACAAUGGCUUAAACCUAACGGACCAACAAUUCGGUGAUAUCGAAGAGUUGUUGACUGCAGAUGAGACCAAUUUGAAGCGCAAGUCUCAAACACAAUCAGCUGAAGGAUCGACUUCUAAACGCGGCCGAAGACAGUCUACCGCCACUCCUAAAGGACGGGGAGGCAGAGGCCGUGGAAGAGGAGGUCGAGGAGGCGGUAGAGGUCGUGGAAGAGGACGCGGGAAGAAGAGAGAGGAGUGGGAAAUAUCUUCUGAAGAAGAGGAGGAAGAGGAGGCAUCACUUGACGAUUCUGAUGAAGAAUACGAAGAGGAAAACGAAUCGUCAAACACUUGCGAAGAGUUUCAACAGACGCCACAACAGAGCGUAUUUCAAACACAGUUAGACUACGAAUUAGGUCUUCAAACGCAGGCCUUUAACGUAGAGACGGUUGAGACGACACCCGCUGCCAGAGGUCGCGGUCGAGGGCGUGGCAGAGGACAGACGAGCGCUGCGACGAGUGCUGGCAAUUCUGGUUCCGCAAAACGCGGUCGACGUAAGAAAGAGGAGGAGGAAGUGGUCGACGAGAACGCCUUCGAGAGUCAGUUGAGUACAAACACUCCGAACGCCGGCAUUAAUGCGUUGAGAAUAUGGUUGAGACAGUCGACGGCUUAUUAUCAGACGAAAAACAUUUUACAAUUGCAUCAAAACUAUUUGAGCGAAAUAUUCUGUAAGUUCGUGGAAGAGAUCUGUCAGGUUCACGGACAGGCCUACUCUCCCGACUACAUCUAUAUGCUAUGCCUCGACCUUCAGAAACAUUUGGCGCAAAACAAUCGAUUGGAUAAUAUUUUUAUGGAUCCCUCGUAUAAACAGUUUAUACACGCAAUCCAUACCCGUUUAGUGGACUACAGUCCACACCUCACUUGCAUUCAAGAAGAACACCUCUGGGAGUGCGGACAACUGGGCGCCCACUCGCCCACAGUCCUCCUCAAUACAGUGAUGUAUUUGGCGACCAAAUACUUCCAUAUGAUUCAACUCGAAGAACACACGCACUUCUCGUUCAACAAUCUAAGCAAAGAGUGGGCCAACGACGCGACUCAAUGUCUGGUCUUCGAGUCCGGACGCGGCCGUAAGAAACGGACUCUCACUUUGUAUGAGAACGUGGAGAAUCAGCUGAGAUGUCCCGUCAAACUCUUUGACUUCUAUCUCUCCAAAUGCCCAGAAAACGUAACCCAAAGACGAGACAUGUUUUACUUGUAUCCAAUCGAAGGCUGUGUUCCCGAUAGUCAGACGUGGUAUUCGUCGAACCCUAUGACCAACGCUUCCGUAACCAAAAUGUUACGAAGAAUUCUUGAUGCGCUGAAAAAGAGCCGCAAAAUUGACGACAAUAUCAUUCAUUUACUCAAUACAUCGCUUCCGACCGACUCUUUCGCGAACAAGACAUCAGAUGCCGGCCAUCAAUGCAAACAUCUAUAUCAUCAGAUUCAAGACUCAUAUUCACAGCGAGAAAAGUCCAUAAAACAGUGCAUUAGUGUUGUGUCCACUCGUGUCAAACAACUUAAAGACAAAAGACAAGCGAAUGACGAGGACUUGGAUGUAAUGAAGAGUUUACGUAAAGAGCAGACAAGACUGAGGCUAAUGCAGAACGAACUCAAUGUGGAAGAAGUGGUCAAAGAUAGGACUCUUAAGGUAUUUGACGAGAGGUGUCGGACUUUCUACAAACCCUCUGACCUCAACGCUUGACCAGUGAUCGUCUCCUUUAAUAGUUUGAAUUUUUAUAUUUUAUAAGUGAUUAGAAGUAAUAAUUAAUUAAUAAAAUUAGGAAUUCUUAAAAUUAAUAAUAAGUUUAUUUGUAAUAAUAGAUUCAAUAAUAGAUUUGUUUGUUUAGUAUAUA